AUGGCCACUUUCUCUUCGACACCCAUCGUCAUCGAUGGCAAGGGCCAUCUCCUUGGUCGCCUGGCUUCCAUUAUCUCGAAACAGAUCCUGACCGGCCAGAAGAUUGUCGUUGUGCGGUGCGAGGAGAUCAACAUUUCGGGGAGCUUCUUCCGCAACAAGCUGCGGUACCACAAUUUCCUUCACAAGCGGCACAUUGUCAACCCGAAAAAGUCCGGUCCAUUCCAUCAUCGCGCCCCUUCCAAGAUUCUGUACCGUGCCAUCCGCGGCAUGGUCCCCCACAAGUCAGCUCGCGGUGCGGCAGCGCUUGAGCGGCUCAAACUCUUUGAGGGUAUCCCUCCCCCGUAUGAUCGCAAGAAGAGAAUGGUAGUUCCGGAGGCCCUGAGGGUCUUGCGAUUGAAGCCUGGGCGUAAAUAUUGCACGGUUAAGCGUCUGUCCCAUGAAGUUGGCUGGGGCUACAAGGACGUUGUGGACCGUCUUGAGGAGAAGAGGAAGAUCAAGGCGCAGGCGUUCCACGAGCGCAAGCUCGCAGCGGUCAAGCUGCGUCAAAAAGUUACAGCGGACACUGCAUCAUCCUUCGAGAAGCUCACGCAGCUUGGCUACUAG